UGUAAGUGAGACUCGAAAUCAAAAUCGGGAAUCAGAAAACAAAAAAAAAAAAAAUGAGCGGAGUAUCCUCGGCGGCGUAUUUCGCGCGGCGAGCGGCGCAGAAGGAGAGGGUUCGAAUCCUCUAUCGACGUGCUCUCAAGGAUACUCUCAAUUGGGCUGUCCAUCGCCACAUUUUCUACCGCGACGCUUCUGAUCUUCGCGAGAAGUUCAAUGCAAACCAAGAUGUGGAAGAUGUUGACAGAAUCGACAAACUGAUUGCUCAUGGUGAAGCAGAGUACGACAAGUGGCGACACCCUGAUCCUUAUAUCGUUCCAUGGGCACCUGGUGGCUCAAAGUUCUGUAGAAACCCCACUCCUCCUGCUGGGAUUGAGAUUGUGUACAACUACGGUCAAGAAGACAACCCAUGAACCCUUAGUUUCUCAUACCCAUCACUAAAAUUUGAAGCAUAUGUUUCAGAAGAUUUAUCAAAGACUUUCAAGGUUGAGACUUUGAGGAACCAAUUGUAGUUUUUAAAGAUGUUUCGUUCUAGUAUGACACUCUUGUUUCCAACUUGGUUUAUAUUUCCGGCUGCUCUUUAGCUUCCAACCAUGUGUAUCAUGGAUGUUCCAAUUAUGAAAAAACAAAUCAUGCUAAGUUUUGUUUUUACAUUUGGCUUUUUUUUUUUCAUAUUGAAAAACGUGGGCUUAAACUGAACGGAACUCUCAUACAUUGUUUAUUUG